CCGGGCCCACCGCUGCUGCCGUGUGAGACUCUCGGGCGCCGAUCGCCGCGCGGCCGGCCUCGCACCGCCGCCAUGCCUAUGAAGGGCCGCUUCCCCAUCCGUCGCACCCUGCAGUACCUGGGGCAGGGCAACGUGGUGUUCAAGGACUCGGUGAAGGUUAUGACGGUGAAUUACAACACGCACGGGGAGCUGGGCGAGGGCGCCAGGAAGUUUGUGUUUUUCAACAUACCUCAGAUCCAGUACAGGAACCCCUGGGUGCAGAUCAUGAUGUUCAAGAACAUGACGCCGUCGCCCUUCCUGCGCUUCUACUUGGACUCCGGGGAGCAAGUCCUGGUGGACAUGGAAACCAAGAGCAACAAGGAGAUCAUGGAGCACAUCCGAAGAAUCCUGGGGAAGAGCGAGGAAACCCUCAAGAAAGAGGAACAGGAAAAGCAGCAGCUGUCUCACCCAGCAAACUUUGGCCCCCGGAAGUACUGCCUGCGGGAGUGCAUCUGUGAGGUAGAAGGGCAGGUGCCCUGCCCCAGGCUGGUGCCGUUACCCAAGGAGAUGACGGGGAAGCACAAGGCUGCUCUGAAAGCCAGUGCCCAAGACUGAGGCCCGAGGCUACUGCGGGCUGGGCCGGGCCAUCGGACCAGUGGGGAGCUGGGGAUGGGAUUCCCUUGGCCCAGGUUCUGUCUCGGAGACAUCCUGGAAACCUCUUUGUAAUAAAAGGUCUUCAUACA